AUGGCAUCUCUAAACAAACCGGGCCUGCUUACCGGAGCUGAAUACGACGCCAUCCAGGAACUUUGGGGAGUUCCGUACGAAGCUGUCAUCGACUAUCCAGACAAUGAUACUCCGGGAAACGUGAGACCGGGAUACUGUGGAGCCUACAUGUGCUUUUUUCGCGACGGUCUUAUGUCAUUUCCUAUUCCUUCGUUCCUCCUCGAGAUUCUAGCGGAGCUGAAGCUGGCGUUUACCCAGAUUACUCCGACCUUCUGGCGUUAUGUCUUGACGACGUUCGUUCGGGCCAGAGAGGAAGGGUUGGAGUUUGGUUUGGCUGAGUUAAAGCAACUGUAUACCCUCAAGCGAAGUAGCGGCGUUAUUGGAGCGAUUCUUCUUUCUCCACGCUCAGGUCGAUUAAUCAUUAGCGACAUUCCUGGGAAAGACGUUAACUGGACGGACAAGUUUUUUGUCUUUAAGAUCGAUCCGGUGACGGUUGGGGAUUUUGACUUUUCUCGGAUCCCGAUGAAGUGGAACGAAAACGUCGAGUUGUUCGGAGCUUCAAAAAUGACUCCAGAGCUGCGUGGUUUGAUCUUGGCGCUUCGCCGAGGUCAAUGCAAUUGGGGCAGUUUUACUCCAGAGAGGGUUCGAGCUGCUUAUGCUUUGCCCCCUGGCGUGAACCGCGCCGUCCCCGUCGCGCUUGCGGAACCGAUUCGUCCUCGGAGAGACCAGAAGGAAAAAGGGGUGAAAAGGAAUGAUCCUCAUGCGGAACCUUCAGACGCUAAUUCUGAUUCCGCACCUUUGAAACAAGCUCGUGGGACUCCGCACAAACGGGUAACUCGAUCGAGCUCUCAAGUUCAGUCUCCGAUCGUUUUGGCUACGCCGCUUUCUGUAGUUCCUCCAGACCAUGGUGAUCAACCGGAGUCUCGAGUACCAGGCGAGGUGGACGUCGGGGAAGUAGCUUCCAAGGUUCAGCGACGUCGUCUGGUCAUGGAUGAGGAGUCGUCUAAAGUGGUUCUGCUGGCAUUCUCGUAUGACGUCGAUGCUCCGAUUCUGGAAAAUCCCGAACGGCUCGCUACCAUCUGGCGGAAGCUAAGGAGUCGUUCGUGCGAGCUUCCUCCCUUGGAGCAAAUGCGAGGUCGCGACGCCUACGUUCAGAUGGCAGUUGCAAAUGCCAAGGCUAUGGAGGCUAGCAACGAGUAUGCUGCUUAG